ACCCUAAUUCUCCCCCUUCUCAUUGCUCCCCCAAUGUACUACUACUAAUAAUAAUAGUAAUCAUCAGCAUGCAAACUGAUCCCCACUUCACAUACAUAUUAUCCUCAAGCGAGAGCGCCUGUUUGGAAGCCGAUAAAGAAGAUGAAGAAGACAGCUACUCCACUCUACUCUCCCUUGGCCCUCCAGGCCAACACCACCACCUCUCCAAACACAGCAGCAGCAGCAUCCAGCCUCAGCUGCCUACUAGUAUUGGUAGCAGCAGCACUGGCCAAGAUGAUGUGACAGUUGCUCUUCAUAUUGGUCCUCCGCCAAACCCUACUACUACUUCUAGUACUAGUAGCAACAUAGCUGCUCUUGCACUGCAGGGCCAGUACUGGAUUCCCACCCCAACUCAGAUCCUUGUUGGCCCAACUCAGUUCUCUUGCUCUGUCUGCAACAAAACCUUCAACCGUUUUAACAACAUGCAGAUGCAUAUGUGGGGGCACGGAUCACAAUACAGAAAGGGGCCAGAAUCACUGAGAGGAACAAUACCAGCGUCGAGCAUGCUGAGGCUGCCAUGCUAUUGCUGCGUGGAGGGCUGCAAGAACAACAUCCAACACCCGAGAUCAAAGCCAUUGAAAGACUUCAGAACGCUUCAAACACACUAUAAGAGGAAGCACGGCGAGAAGCCAUUUGGGUGUCGAAAAUGCGGGAAGCCAUUUGCAGUCAGAGGGGAUUGGAGGACUCACGAGAAGAACUGCGGCAAGCUGUGGUUCUGCAUCUGCGGCUCCGAUUUCAAGCACAAGAGAUCACUGCAAGACCAUGUCCGGGCCUUCGGCGAUGGCCAUGCGCCCCACAGCCAGACUUUUGAGGAAAAAGAAGAUAGCGGCGACAAGGAGGAAGAGCCUGGAAAUUAAUGGUGGCUGCAGCCAUGGGCCAUGGCUCUGCGAUCUUAAUUUUGAUGCAUGUGAAAGCUAUAGUUUUGUUAGUACUUUAGAGUACUACUGUCUAUUGUGAUCACUAUCUUUUCUCGAUAAUUAAGAUAAUACCAGCAACUGAGAUUUACGACAUUUAAAUUUGAAACUUGUAGGCUCAAUAUUGCUAUCCCAAUCACCCAACUCUCCGAUGAGUAAAACCAUGUCAAUAUCCAUUUCUCGUUCUGUGAA